GGCUGACAACAUUGUAGACAAGAUAUCGAAGGACAACUCCAACGAGGAAGACCGCCGAAGGAGAGAGGAGGAGGAGCGGUCGAGGCGCGAGGGAGGCUCCUCCAGAACGCCUGUACAGCAGAAGCAAGGCAAAGGCAGACGAUGAGAGCUGUGUGACGUCACGCACAUCACGUGACCCGCCUCGGCCAGUGAGAGAGCUGCUUCCUUCCCUGUCGUCCUCCGCCAUUUUGAUGAGAUAAUUAUGGGUCAUCGUGACGUACCUAGAAGUGGUAUCGCGCUGAAAUCAGCCGCUCGUCCCAAUAAAGAACUGGGAGAUAUCUGCAUUGUCCAGACUGAAGGGCAAUUGUCAUCGAUUUUUUAUUAUUAGUUUAUUUUUUUGGCUUAACAUCUUUUAUGACAUUCUGAAAGAACAUUUCUGUGUAGGUUUUACUGAAAAACGUUGAACAAAGUCUCAAAAAUGUAAACUUGCAGUUUCCAAGGACCCUCCAGCUUCGGAAGUCAUCUUACUUUGGCCGCCAUUUUUUAACCAACGUUACCUGACACCAGGCAACCCCCCCCCCCGUCCUUAAAUCGCAAAUAUCUCAAUAACAAUUCAAGAUAGAUUUUUUUUCUUCACCAAUUGCAAGAUAAAUUAACAAACUUAACUUAAAGUUGAUACCAGUAACUCCAGAUGCCCAAACUAUUGACGAGCGGCUGAUUGUUUCGCGUCGUGACACAGAGCAUGGUGCUCAUUUACCACGGCUGUGAUUGUUUCCCUGAACGUUGGAAAAUGAUGACGAGAUCUAUUAGAACUUUACUAUUAUUAUUAUUGACGCAUGUCAAAUACUGCUUUAAUUCUGAACGUCUUCGAUGAUCUUUUUAUUGAAAUGUAUGACAUUUGUAUAUGUUUUUGAAUCUGUCCAAACUUCGAUGAUGGCUCUAUCCAAUAUUUUGUCAACAAGCUGUUCACAAGUUCUAAAUCAAACUUUGGG